AUGAACAAUGAUGCUAUUAUGUCAACUCCAAAAAACCAAAGUGGAGCACGUCAUGGACGUAAGUCAAACAAUGAGGCAAGAACCACAAUAGACGGUGAGACCAGUAGUGAAGGCCAUUAUAUGUGGAAAGACAAAAACUGUCAAGUUAUGCUUGAACUUGUCAUUGUGGAGUUAAGAGCAGGAGAUUACCGUAGUAGAAUGUCUGAUGCUGCUGCUAAGAAAAGAAUUGAGAACAAAUACUUUGAGUUGAUAGAUAUGAUGCAAACUUGGUGGGCUGAUCGAAUUGCAGAAUAUGGAAAUAAAGGAAAUUUUGUUAGCGUGUUGCAAAAGAAACCGUUGCCGUUCAAAGAUUUGCUAGACCAAAUUUUUGGUGAACAUGAUGUUGAGCAGGAUGACCGCUAUUCUCCCCAUAUGCUUGGCCAACAUCUCCAGCAGACUCAAACUUCUUUAGCUAGCAACGAUGACACAGUAUUUGACCAAAUUCAAGAAGUUCAAACAAUUCACAUCACAUUAAACCGUCGCCCUCCAAGAAGAAGAAGUAGCUUUGAAACACAGGUUGAAAGUGGAUUUCAACGUGUAAUAGAUUCUCAUCAAGACAUUUUGGAACAACUACGUUCACGAAAAGUGCAGAAGCUAUCAUAUGGUGAUGCGACGGUUGUUCUAGAAAAAAUACCAAUUGAACAACUUGUAGUAUUUUGGUGGGCAUCAAAUAAGCUGUUGAAGAAUGAAGCAGAUGUCCGUAAAGCAUUUAUAAAAUUGGAGAGUGAAGAAAUUAAGAUCAGAUAUUUAGAGAGUUUAGUUGGCAUAGAUAGAUACGAGAACCCAUGCCCUCAUGUUGAUCUGAAUGUUGGAAUGACUGAAACUAGUUCAAUGGGAACUGAAACUGAUAGAACUGAUUUUAUGGGAUUACUUCUGAUGCAGUCAUCUGAGUUAAAACAAUCAACAAAAGAUACAGCACGUCUAGUCCAUAUACAUGAUGAUGAAAGUGAUGCUGAAAAGCAUGAUUAA